CUAUAAAAGCUAUAAUUAUAGAUCAGCAAGGUCAGACGUACGAAAGGUAAUAAUAAUCAUCAUGACUACUGUAGCACAGUUUUCUUCGCUCAUUCUUCUACUCUCUCUGGCUCUGACCUCCCCCGCUAACUGCUGGACCAAUGGGACGACAGUCGAGUAUUGGGUGAGACCAGACGCAAUGUCAGAGUGCCCCCACUCCAUACCACCACACCAGUGUGUCACUAUAACAGAUCUGGUGACUAACUCCACAGACACAAGCAUCAAUGAUGGUAUGAGUAUCAAUGUAUUCUUCAUAGCUGGGACUCAUGUUCCAAAAACAGAUGGUUGGAUUAUUGUCGGAAAUCCUUAUUUAGAUCAGGAAGUAUCAGCAACUUUCACAGCAAUUUUAGAUGAACAAAACCAACAAAAUGUUAUAAUUGAUUGUGAGUCAGGUCACCCAAUUAGCUUCGUGUUUCUUCAACUUCUAUCUUUAACUUUGAAAAACGUCGAGCUACAAAAUUGUGGUUUUAAACUACACUUUAAUACUUAUAGCUCAAUUUUUCUGGAUGAAAUCACAUCAUCAGUAGUAGUCAUGGACGUACCCGAGCUGGUAAUUGCUAACAUCAAUAUCACUAGUAGCAGAGGAGCUGGUAUGGUCAUUAUCCUAACAGACUUUCACAGGAAUGUCAGCAGUAACCUUUUAAUGCUAAAUGAAAUUGUCAUAAACGGUAGUAUUCCUACGAGAAAUACUGUAUUCAGAGGCAACUUGCACGUAACGUUCAUCGCGUCACAAGAAAACACAUGUAGGAAACCCACAACUAUCUCAAUAACAAAUUCUACAUUUUCAAAUGGAAUUGGUGGGCCCGCUAAUUUUCCAGACGACGUUGUAUUCGGGAGCUCUUCCGGUGGACUAACACUUUCUAUGGUAAACUUACAUAAUGUAAGUAUAUUGAUAAACAGGUGCAAAUUUAUAGGCAAUAAAGCUCAUAAUGGCGGUGGUAUCAGACUGUUCGUACAACAUAAAGAUGAACACUCGGAUAGUUUGAGAUUUAACAAUCGCAUUCAUAUCACCAAAUCAAUCUUUUCAAGGAAUACAGCUGUUAGACUUGGCGGUGGGUUUGCAAUAAUUUUAAUUCACCAUAAUAUAUCAGAAGCAGUGUUUAGGUCAGCUGGAUUUGGUGGUGCAGCAUUCGCACAAUUCUCUUUUGACAAAUGCACUUUCAUAGGCAAUGAAGCUAGACUGGGAGCAGCUAUCUAUAAUUCAGGAAACAGAUUUGACAAGCCCCGUCGUCAUCAACAAAUCAGUAAUUGCACAUUCAUGAACAAUACAUGCAUGAUAAAUACAGCUACAUGUAGAACAGAUGAAGAGAGAGAGGAAACUGGUACAAUUCAUGUCGAACAUGGGAAAUUUCUGCGUAUCGAAGAUGUUGAAAUUACCGGCAAUGAUUGUAGAGGUAUUUACCUUUAUGACACGGAUCUACUACUGUCUGGAACAAGCGUAAUUAACGGUAACCAUGCUCGGCAGUCAGAUGGCGGGGCUAUACUGUUUGAAUGUACAAUACAGUCAAGUCUAAAAAUUUUUUUUUUUUUUAAACUCACUACCCUCAGUAUAACCAACAACACAGCAGAUGGUAAUGGUGGUGGUAUUGCAAUUCGUCAUUGUGGGAAUGAACAUCGUUCUGCAUGUAUUUUUAUCCAACCAACACAUAAAAUAACAAUUAUUAUGAAACACAACACAGCGAUGAAGGGAGGUGAUGCAAUUUAUGGAGGCUAUCUAGAAAACUGUAAAUUGUGGGAUAUAUUUGAUAUCAUGGAGAGAAAUACAUCAUCAGCUGUUUCCUCUCCACCAAAUAAAGUGUGUAUUUGCUCUGAUGACUUCCCACAGAAACACACUUGUUCACUCUCCAUGCAACUAGACACUUAUCCAGGACAGAGGUUCCAAGUUCCACUAGUGUGUGUGGGGCAGUACGACUAUUCCUCCUCUUGCAAAGUACAAGCAGAUUUAGUGAAAAGUAUCGCAAAAAUUGCUGGAGAGACACCUCUUCAAAAUAUUGGCUUACAAUGCAAGCAGCUGUACUACUCAAUAGAAACUCAACAAACAAACUAUACUGAAGCAAUGAGUCUAACAAUAGUCAAAGAACAAGACAUUAAUUACAAAUGGAGAAAUCAAAUAGCACGAACAGUACUUGAGAUUAGAAUUAAAGCAUGUCCACCUGGUUUUAUUAAUGCCAAAAAAUGCACCUGUACAGACUAUCUAGCAUCUAAUGGAAUCACAUGCAACAUUGACGAAGAGCGACUGUACAAGACGUCCUCCAUGUGGGUUGGCAACUAUUCAGGGGACGUUGUUGUGCAUCAAGUCUGUCCAUUCGAUUACUGUAAGAGCAACUUCACCAAAGUCGAUCCUUUCAACCAGCAAGAGCAGUGUGACUUUAAUCGCAGUGAUGUAUUGUGUGGAGCUUGUCGACCUGGGCUCAGUCUAGCCCUGGGUACAUCGCAGUGUAAAGAGUGCUCUAAUAUCAACCAUCUUUUUUUGAUACUAUUUGCACUGGCAGGAGUCGUCUUGGUUGUCCUUUUACUCAAAUGUAACCUCACUGUUUCCACGGGAACUAUUAACGGUCUCAUCUUUUACGCCAACACCGUACGAUCCACACAAACUGCUUUCUUUCCGUCCAGCACUGAUAACAAAUUCGUGAGGGUUCUCUCGGUCUUUGUUGCCUGGGUGAACCUUGACCUGGGCAUAGAAACAUGUUUUGUGAAUGGACUCAACACAUACUAUCGUACAUGGCUACAAUUUAUUUUUCCUUUGUACAUUUGGACAAUAGUAGGCCUGCUAAUAUUAAUCAGCCGCUACUCUAUCAAAGUCUCUAAAUGGACGGGCUCAAACACAGUAUCAGUUCUAGCUACACUCUUCCUACUAUCGUACGCUAAACUAUUGAGGACUACUUUCGAUACCUUUUCAUCGACCACUCUCACAGAUAUCAACGGUACAACCACCAUCCUCUGGUUACUCGAUGGCCGCUACACAUUCCUCGAGUGGCCGCACAGCUUGCUCUUUGCAGCUGGCCUGUUCAUAUUAUUAGCACACAUACUGCCAUUCACUAUCCUGUUAUUAAUGGCCCCGAUUCUGCAGCGAUACACACACUACAAGUUAUUACGAUGGGUAAACAAGUUAAAGCCUCUACUGGAUGCUUAUCAAGGUCCUUACGGAAUCAAGUCUCGCUAUUGGACUGGACUACUACUGCUAGCUAGACUCAUUAUACUAACAGCUGUGUCUUUAAACGUAUCUGGAAAACAAGCCAUCAAUUUGCUAGUGAUAAUCAUAGUAUUGUCUAUUAUAAUGGCAACACUGAUUGUAUUCAAUAUAGGAACAAAGCUCUAUACAAGCAAACUAUCAAACUUCCUGGAGCUAUUCUUUCUGGCAAAUCUUCUGCUACUAACCGCUACGUUACUGUUUCUGCAGACAAAUCAGAGUGAUAAAAUCAGCGGACAAAGUAUAACAAUCUGUUGUAUGGUGGGUAGUGCAUUCGCUAUGUGUGGCCUCAUCUUAGUCUAUCACUGCUACGUUGUAUGUCAGAGAAUAGAAGCCAUCAAGCGACUAACAUCGAGAGUUGUUUCCUCUCUAAAAGGGCCUCAGAAUCGAGCACUAACUAACGAUGACAUCAUAUGUGGUCCCCCACAUAGCACACCCCCCACAGUCACAGAGGUUGAUUUGAGGGAACUGCUACUAGAGGAUAACUAAUCAUUGACUAACAUUGCACGCACAUGCAGAGAUAGAUAAACACUUAAUUUAGCUAGUGUAUUCGAAAGACUAAAUUAUUGAUCAGGCAAAAAAUAGCUGAAGUAUAUACCCUCACAAUUGUCAUACACACAGUGUACUCUCACCUUCUGACACAAUAAAACGAUUUACAUGUUUU